CAUCAAUAACAGGCUCUCUGAUUGGUCAGGGAUACAUGACCGGGUGUGCAUUUGUGAAUGGCUUUCCUUGGGAAUAAUGUAAUGUUUUAUGAUUUGUAAUGUAUUAUCAGCACCUUAAAGCAUUUUGUCUCAAUUUUGAGUGACAUUUUGUUGAUCGUCUUGGAUCUGGGAAACGAUGUCGGCCGCAGAAGGCGAUCGCAGUUCGGAACAACUGAAUAAAUUCGAGAAACUGACAGUGAGGCCUCCACUCAGAGUAGCAGGUCUCCAUAUGCCCCCAGCUCGGAGCGGGCAUCGCUGCGUGGCAGACAACACCAACCUGUACGUGUUCGGGGGGUACAACCCGGACUACGAUGAGUCGGGUGGCCAGGAGAACGAAGACUACCCACUGUUCAGGGAGCUGUGGAGGUACCACUUUGCCACGGGCACCUGGCAGCAGAUCCGCACAGAGGGCUACAUGCCCACCGAACUGGCCUCCAUGUCAGCUGUUUUACAUGGGAACAAUCUGCUGGUGUUCGGUGGCACCGGCAUUCCCUUUGGGGAAAACAAUGGGAAUGACGUCCACGUCUGCAAUGUCAAGUACAAGCGGUGGUCGCUGCUCAACUGCCGAGGGAAGAAGCCCAACCGAAUCUACGGACAGGCGAUGGCCAUCAUUAACAGCUUCCUAUAUGUGUUUGGGGGAACGACGGGCUACAUAUACAGCACAGACCUGCACAGACUGGACCUGACCACCAGAGAGUGGAUCCACCUCAAACCCAACAACCCACCAGACCACCUGCCUGAGGAACGGUACAGGCAUGAAAUAGCACAUGACCGUCAGAGGAUAUACAUCCUGGGAGGAGGAACCUCCUGGACCUCCUACCCGCUGGACAAGAUACAUGCGUACAACCUGGAGACAAAUUCCUGGGAGGAGAUCUCAACCAAGCCUCACGAUAAAAUAGGGUACCCUGCUCCCAGGAGAUGUCACAGCUGUGUGCAGAUACGGAACGAUGUGUUUCUAUGUGGAGGUUACAACGGGGAAGUCAUAGUGGCUGAUCUGUGGAAGAUCAACCUGCAGACGUUCCAGUGGACCAAGCUGCCAGCAGUGAUGCCUGAGCCAGCCUAUUUCCACUGUGCUGCUGUGACCCCGGCUGGCUGCAUGUACGUCCACGGCGGUGUGGUGAACAUCCACGAGAACAAGCGGACUGGUUCCCUGUUUAAGAUCUGGCUGGUGGUGCCCAGCCUGCUGGAGCUGUGCUGGGAGCGGCUGCUCAAGGCCCACCCCCAGCUGGCUCAGUUGCCCACCAUGCAGCUCCUCCACCUGGGCCUCACACAGGAACUCAUCGAGCGCUUGAAAUAAAGGAGGGAGGAUGGAUGGAAUGAUAGAUGGAUGGACGGAUGGAUGGGAGGAGAUGUCGGACGGAGAGCACAGGAUUUAUUUUGAAGGGGGUCGCCUUUAAGGAGUUGAUGGUCCCUCUGCCUACGUAGCCCCGCCUUAAAACCAAAAACAAUGGGAUUCUUUUUUUCGUUGCGUUUGGACUUCUGAUGAUUUUAAAGGGAAUCCAAGUGGAAUGUUUCAUGCCCCUGCACCGCCCACUUUCCCCCGCCCCGCCCCCAUUCCCCCAUCUUGCUUUUGUGUUAAGCAAGGUCGCCGCCCCAGCACACACACACGCCUCCAGCCUCUCAAUCUGCCUGCCUGCAGACCCAGAAAUAAUUUACAGAUUCACGACGACCCCCUCACUACUUUCUCAUUUUAUAUUGGCCUUCAUGACUUUAAUAAGAAUGUCAUUUCAAAGGAAAGGGUGCAUGAUUAUUUAUUUGAAGGACGUAAAUUUGUAUGUAUUUUCACGAGACAUCCUGUUCUGGAUUUCUCUCACAUACAUUAUUUUCUCUCUACGUGCAAUUAGGAAAGUUAGAUAGACUUGGAGUCAGGUGAAAAGUUACACCAGACAGUUGGCAUGUUUUGUGUUACAAGGGGAAGGUUGUAUUGGUACCACCCUCAUGCCAGACUUAGACGCAGGUUGUAGUCAGCACUUUUCCCUAUUCAAGGCUUAUUAUUAAGGGAUAAUGUCUGAUUUUAAUUGUUGAUUAUUUGUGAUACUGAUGCUACUGUAGUUGGGUCUCUAAUAGAGCACUUCCCUUUCACCAUCUCACAGCACACUCCUUAUAAUACCCAUUUAACACUGAUAGUUAUCAGAUAUACAUACAGUUAUCUCUGAUAUACAGUUAUCUCUGACAGUUAUCUCUGCUAUACAGGUAUCUCUGACAGUUAUAUCUGCUAUAGUUAUGUGUCAGUGUCCCAAAUGGCACCCAGUUCCCUAUAUAGUGCACUACCCUUCUUAUCUCCACCAUAGUAGAACAUAUAAGCAUAAGAGUCAAAACACCUGGUCUCCAUUCAUUCUGAACCGUAUCAGUCACUUUAGUUCUUCAGUAUACUUGCGGUAGUCCAUUUGUAAACUAAAUCAUCCCAUCACUGUGAAUAUGGUGCUACUAAAAUUACUUUAAAAUGUUUUUAUUUAAAUAAAAUAUUAAAUUUCUGUUCCAACUUUUACUCUCUUUGCUGAUAGAAAAUUUUUUGGGGGGUCCAUUUUAAGUAUAAUACUAACAUUGAUCUGAUUUAUUCAGUGCCUUUCCCAAAGUUGAAAUGAUAUUGAAGUACCACAAGCUAGAAAGAAGGAAAUGUGAUGAGUAAUGGUUUAGUUUGAUCCAAACAUACUGACUGUUUAGGAAUGACUCCCGUUUCUGAUUGUUCUUCCUUCUAUCAUUCCCCUUUUAACUCUGCCCUUUCCAAACACAUUCAACUGCUCCAUUGUCAAGCGAUCACUGGACAAAAAGUUAAAGAAAGCAGCAAUAAUGUGAGCAGAGUAAUAUUGAAUUAUGCUGCUGUAUUUAUGAAUGAAUUACAGUUCAUGUAUGUUGUUGUACUUGGGGGCCGAAUCCGAAAAGUAGUAAGUAUUCUGCUGUUAAAUAAAUAAAUAAAUGUAUGCAGAGUGCCAGGGUAAAAUAAUCAACACAGUUCAGAUGAUAUGCUGAGAUGGGGACGUGUUUUAACGCCAAAUAUUAUUGCACCUUGAAUUCAAUGCCAUUAAAAUCUUCCUUGUGGGACAAAAUAGUAUUUAUUGAUCGUUGCCAUGGGGAUAGUUUAAAAUGUCAAUGACUACCCAUGAUUCCCUGCGCCCCAUCAAGGAAAUGCCUAAAUCUGUGCCUGUCCUCGUUCUAUUCCCCCUCUUCUUCUCCUCUGCGUGACGACAACAUAGGCUCCCAGUGUGCAUGAUGUCAUGACAGUCACCUUUUAUGUUGGAAAACAAGUUGUCUCCCCUGGACUUUAAUCCUUGCUGUGCGGCAAAUGGUUUUAAGGCGACCGCUGAAUUGAUAAUUGUAUUUGUGAAUUUUUUGUUUUGAUUGUUUGACUAGUCAAUAAACAUGUACUGUAAAUA